AACCUGACAUGCAGCUCCUUGUUCCUCUCUGUCUCAGUCAUAAGCAGUGAUUCUGUCUCUUGCAGUAAUGAGUCUGACGUGGUGGAGUCUCUGGAUGCCGUCUACUCUACAGGGACUUUUGUUCAGAUUCAUGAGAUGCAGGACCUGGGAGACAAGCUGAGGAUGAUCGUCAUGGGACACCGCAGAAUCCGGAUCACUAAACAGCUUGAGGUGGAGGUUGAGGAGGAAGCAGCGUCCCCUGUGUUUUCAGAGACUGAAGCAGAGCCCAAACCUUCACCCAGACGCAAAGCCAAACGCAGCCGCAAGGACCAACCGGGCUCUCCGACAGAGACGCUGGAGGAGAAGAUUUCAGAAGUAGAUCUGACACCAGAACUUCAGCCUCUGCCCUCGUCCAACAUCCUGAUGGUGGAAGUGGACAACGUUCAGCAUGAGCAGUUCACCGUCACCGAGGAGGUCAAGGCGCUAACGGCAGAGAUCGUGAAAACCAUCAGAGACAUCAUCGCACUCAACCCCCUCUACAGAGAGUCAGUCCUCCAGAUGAUGCAGGCUGGUCAGAGAGUUGUUGAUAAUCUCUACCUCAGCGACAUGGGGGCAGCUCUGACGGGAGCAGAGUCACAUGAGCUUCAGGAUGUCUUGGAAGAAAUCAAUAUCCCAAAGCGUCUCUACAAGGCUCUGUCUCUGCUGAAGAAGGAGUAUGAGCUGAGCAAACUGCAACAGAGGCUGGGUCGAGAGGUGGAAGAGAAGAUCAAACAGACUCACAGGAAGUACCUGCUGCAGGAGCAGCUGAAGAUCAUAAAGAAGGAGCUUGGUUUGGAAAAAGAAGACAAAGAAGCUAUCGAGGAAAAGUUCAGAGAAAGACUCAAAGACAGGACUGUCCCUCAGCACAUAAUGGAUGUCAUCAACGAAGAACUCAACAAACUGGGACUGCUGGACAACCACUCCUCAGAGUUCAAUGUGACCCGUAACUACCUGGACUGGCUGACCAGCAUGCCCUGGGGCACCAACAGUGAGGAGAACUUGUUGUUGGACACAGCCAAAGAGGUUUUAGAAGAAGAUCACUACGGAAUGGAUGAUGUGAAGAAACGCAUAUUGGAGUUCAUUGCUGUGAGUCAGCUGCGUGGUUCCACUCAGGGGAAGAUCCUGUGUUUCUACGGCCCCCCGGGGGUGGGGAAGACCUCCAUCGCCCGCUCCAUAGCCAGAGCCCUGAACAGACAGUACUUCAGGUUCAGCGUGGGAGGAAUGACUGACGUAGCUGAGAUUAAAGGACACAGGAGAACUUAUGUGGGAGCAAUGCCGGGGAAGAUCAUCCAGUGCCUGAAGAAAACCAAGACCGAAAAUCCUCUGGUGCUCAUAGACGAGGUGGAUAAGAUCGGUCGUGGUUACCAGGGUGACCCGUCCUCCGCCUUGCUGGAGCUUCUGGAUCCUGAACAGAACGCCAACUUUCUUGACCACUACCUUGAUGUUCCCGUAGAUCUGUCAAAGGUUUUGUUUAUCUGCACGGCUAAUGUGCUGGACACCAUCCCAGAGCCGCUCAGAGACCGGAUGGAGAUGAUCAAUGUGUCAGGAUACGUGGCCCAGGAGAAGCUGGCCAUCGCUGAGCGCUAUCUGGUCCCUCAGCUCCGCUCUCAGUGUGGUCUGACUGAGGAGAAGGCCUCUAUCUCAUCAGAUGCCCUCGGCCUGCUCAUCAGGCAGUACUGCAGAGAGUCUGGAGUCAGGAACCUGCAGAAACAAGUUGAAAAGGUUUUCCGCAAAGUGGCGUUCAGUAUCGUCAGCGGUGAACAGAACACAGUGACUGUCACACCUGACAACCUGCAGGACUUUGUGGGUAAACCUGUUUUCACAGUGGACAGAAUGUACACCGUCACCCCGCCCGGAGUGGUGAUGGGCCUGGCAUGGACUGCUCUUGGAGGGACUACGCUGUUCAUGGAGACGUCGCUGCGUCGUCCCACUGGAGGAGCGGACUCUAAAGGAGAGGGGUCACUGGAGGUCACAGGUCAGCUCGGGGAUGUUAUGAAGGAAAGUGCAAAGAUCGCUUCAACCUACGCCCGAGCCUUCCUAAUGGGCAAGGAACCAGAAAAUCACUUCCUGGUCAACUCCCACCUGCACCUGCAUGUUCCUGAGGGGGCAACUCCGAAGGACGGACCAAGUGCUGGGUGCACAAUUGUUACAGCCCUGUUGUCCCUGGCAACCAACAAGCCAGUGCGUCAAAAUGUAGCCAUGACUGGGGAAGUGUCUUUGACCGGCAAGAUCCUGCCAGUAGGUGGAAUAAAAGAGAAAACUAUUGCUGCUCGUCGGGCCGGUGUGACCUGCAUCGUCCUACCAGCUGAAAACAAGAAGGACUUCUCCGACCUACCAGACUACAUCACCCGGGGCAUAGAGGUCCACUUUGUGGAUCACUACAGCCAAAUAUACCCCAUCGUAUUCCAACAGGACGAGUCGUAACACGCUUUCACAAACAGCACUGAAACCAAGCAAGGAUGGAGCAGAACGUCUUCUCAUCUCACUUCAGAAAACCACCAAGCACCGAUUGUCUCUCUGCUAGCAGUUAGUAAAGAAUCCAACUCUCGCUCUCUGACUCUUGAGGUCCGGUCAGGUGGUGACCUGGUUUUUCCUGAAGUGAUCCAGAGGCCCGGUGGCUUGUUGAUUCAUUAUUGGUUAUAUAUCUUUUUGGUUUCAGCCACUACAGGACCCCCUGAAAGUAGGGGGGGUCAGUCAUUGACUGAAACCAUGCAGCCGACUGUGCCAUAGAAGAGCAAACAGUAAACAGAUGGUGAUGACGAACACUGGCCCGUCAUUGACUGUGAUGUCAUUGGAGGAAGAGAAGCGUCUUUACCCACAACUCUCAUUGUACAGAGCUGUGAAAAGACUCUUUAAUAGAUUUUUAUAUUAUUUUAUAUUAUUGUGGGCCAAAUGUGUUGAAGAUGAUGUAUAAAUAAAUUAAACAAAGACAGUG